GCGCGCGCCGGGAGGAGGCGAGGCGCGCGACCUAUUCGAGCGCGGCGGACGAAUCGAGGCGAACGAGGCGCGCGACUGGAAGUGAUCGCGCGCGAUCGUCGCCCUCGUCCGGUCUCGGCCCCAUCGCGAAGGAUAGGCGGCACCGCGCGGAGGCGGCAACGAACAACCGGGGGACAUGGGUCUCGGGGGCUCCAAGUGCUGCAAGGACCUGUGCAGCACCGAGGAGGUGAAGAAGCCGCUGGUGGACCCGGAGACUGGGCGGGUUCCACGCGCGGGAACCGGCGGCGGAGGACGCGACGAUGAGAGACGCGAGGGCGACCGCGGGCGUCGCGCCUCGGAGCCCGUCGAGCCCGAUCCCGCGGUGUUCUACUCGCGCCCGCCGAGGUCUCGAUCGCAGCGACGGUUGGUGAACAACGACACGGCGAGGGAGACGGCGAGCGAUCGACGCGAGGCGCGCGCGCGAAAGCACCACCACAGGAGCAACCAGAAGGUGGGCGAGGAGACGGUCUUAAGGUUCCAUCAGGAGAACCCAGCCAAGGCGCCAAUCGUCGGGUCGUCGUCCGAGGACGACAUCGGCGCCAAGCCCGCGUCGGCGACCCGGGCGGACGACGUCAGCCCGGCGCGGUCGGUCGAGAAGGACGAGGAGGAGAAAAACUGGAUCGGCGUGUGCGACGCGAAGCUGCAGCACAGGGUGUGGUGGUGGUCCAUAACCUUCGUGCUCUUCUUCGUCGUCGGCAUGGGCGUGUUCCUCGGACUCGCGCACGGGUACCGGCCGGAGCGAGAAGAUCACCCAACCUCGCCGCUGUACCCGAAAGUCUCCGUCCUCGAAGACGAACCCGACGUGGUGGUCCCGGUGCGCCAUCAAAAAGAGACGACGCAUCGCUCCAAAGAGACGAGCACGAUUCGUACGCCAAAGCCGAGCGCCGGUCCGGAUGCGUCCACGCAGAUGCUCCGCGAGUGGGAGGCGAUGGACGAGUCGCUGUGGAGCGAGCGCGACCACCAACCGGCGCGGCGGGCGGACAAAGGCGUCAAGGGCACGGCGGAGUCGUCGAAGGCGUCGGCGAUGAAGGUGAAGGAGCGGGCGGGUUUAGCGCACUCGCGGAAGAUGACGCCCGGGGGGAAGGCGAAGGAGCGGGGGGACAAACAAGGGGCUGUCAAGAGGGACGUCGCGCCACCCGGCGAGCUCGAGUCGAUCGAUUCGCCCCUCGAGGACCCGCGGCUGAGGGCGGACCUGAACGCGGCGGUGUCCAGACUGCUCCGCAAGGAGAUCGAGAGCGUCGGCACCGACGCGCCCAGUAGCACACAUUAGAGACGACGGUAAUACGACGCAUAGCCAACU